AUGGCAACUGUUGAGAACAACAAAUCCACAUUUGACACGAGACACAGUGAACUUGGUGGUCAUGAUGCCCUUCGAUACGGUACACGUUCCAUCAAGUCCGAAGUCAUGCCCGGACAUCCUCUUCAGCAACGAUUGGAAAAUUGGCAAGAAUCACAGUGGGAACUCAAGUUAAAUAUGGCACGACAAGUACACGGCAUGCAUGCACCUAUGCGAAUGAUGAUGGAACGAGAUAUCGUUAGUCAGCGCCAGCGCAUGCCCGUCUUACCAUCAUCCAACGUUCACUUGGAUGUUCUUAUGGGCAAAGACGAGACCAUUGAAUUUGAAGACUUCUUGAACGAUCCUUCAAUGUCGACGGGUACGAUGGAUGUUCAUGCUGCUAUGGAGCACAAGCUCAAUCUUAAAGUUUAA